AUGGAUGACAACAAUAAAAAUAUUUUUGAUGUUCUUGAAUCGCCAUCGUCAUCAUUAUCAACUAAAUCAAUUAAUGACUUUAAAAUAAAAUCAACAACAACUGUAUCAUCUAAUAGUAUACUUUCUAUUCGUCGUUCUCAUCUUCCAUUAAUGAAUGCUGGAAAUGGAUUUUAUCCUACUUCAUCGUCAUCACCGAAACCUUCAUCAACAGAUGAAUAUGAACGAAAAAAACGAACAGAUCGAGCACUUCAUGAUCUUGGUUUUAUUAAUCCUGGUCCAAAGAAUUUAGUUAAUGUAGCUAAUGUUCCAUCAAGACGUCUAAAAACUCGACAAUCAACUACCCAAGAAAAACCCAGGUAA